AUGGAAGGGGCCGGAUCCCCAUCGACGGGGGAAGAGCUGGAGCUCUCGGUGCUCGGGGGGCAGCCCGACGAGCAGAAGCCUCUCAACGGAACCGUCCAGGUCAUCCCUCUCUCGGUCGAGGAGCCCCGCGCAGCCCAGGCUAACAAGGAGAACCCUUGGAGCUCCUGUAAUAAGAAAUUGAUUGGAAAGUGCAAACUGUGGAUGGUCAUUGCCUCUGUUUUCCUAGGUCUCAUUGUAGUGAUCAUCAUAAGCUUAUGUCUUUUUGGAGCAACUUACAUCGAUGAAGAUGAAAACGAAAUACUUGAAUUAUCAUCAAAUAAAACAUUCUUGGUCGAGCUAAAGAUUCCAGAGGACUGUGUUACCGAGGAGGAGUUGCCUCACCAGCUCAGGAAAAGGCUCACAGAUGUGUACAGUUCAUCCCCGUCUCUGAGUCGUUACUUUACUUCAGUGGAAAUUACGGACUUCAGCAGUGAAAAUGCCACCGUAGCCUACCACCUGCAAUUUGGGGUUCCUUCAGAAGAUGACAGUUUUAUGAAGUAUAUGAUGAAUAAAGAGUUGGUGCUGGGCAUUUUACUACAGGAUCUCCAUGAUCAGAGAGUGUCCGGUUGUGAGACUUUGGGGCUUGAUCCAGCAUCCCUCUUGCUCUACGCUCACCCACAUUUGGAGUCCCAUAUCCCACUUUGCAACAUCAUUGGUGAGCUUCAUGAAAAUGCCACGGUUUCACAAGAGAAGUAUUGA